AACGUUGCAAAAUAUCUAAGUUGUAUUUCCCGCCGGAAUGAAGCCACCGAAAGCGUUUUGGUUUUAUCAAUAGAAAUAAGUUUGGUCACACUGACGCUAACCAAAACAAAAAUUUGUAAAUUUUAUAAAUAUUUAUAAAAUACAAGAAUAUGGCUGCCUCACGUUCUCGCCGCAACAAUGCCGGCAACAAAAUAGCCUCUUUAUUGGACGAAGAGGAAGACGACUUCUAUAAAACAUCCUACGGAGGAUUUCAGGACGAGGAAGAGGACAAGGAAUACGAACAAAAGGAUGAGGAGGAAGAUGUGGUGGACUCGGACUUCAGUAUCGACGAGCAGGAUGAGCCGAUUUCCGAUCAGGAGGAGGCGGCAGACAAGAAAAGAAAACGCGGCGGCGUAAAUACCAAGGCCUACAAGGAAACUAAACCGACGGCCAAGAAGGAGACCAAAGCCGUACCAGCUUUGCACAAAAAACGCGGAGGUGGCGGCGUUUCCAAGCGGCGGGUGCGUCCUCGGUUCACGGUCAUCGAUUCCGGCCGGAAAUCUAUUCGCACCUCGACGGCCAUUAAGACACAGGCCACGAAAAUCCGCCUCAAGGAGCUGGACGAUGCGCGUAAGCGAAAGAAGAAGAAGGUUCGCGUAGAGGACUAUAUGCCCACACAGGAGGAGUUACUGGAGGAGGCCAAAAUAACAGAAGAGGAGAAUAUCAAAUCUCUGGAGAAAUUCCAAAAAAUGGAGCUGGAAAAGAAGAAAACGCGUCCGACCAAGCGCACCUUCACAGGACCAACAAUACGCUAUCAUUCGCUGACCAUGCCUGCCAUGCGAAAGCCUACGCGCGGUAGCCUUCAGCCCAGCGAUGCAAAAGAUCUUGCCGGCAAGUGCGAGCGCACCUUCGUGACGGUGGAGAACGAUUUCAAUGACAAGGUGUUCCAGAAUAUCUUCCGUCCCAAGCCGCCGCCAAAACCUAGCAAUGGGAUCUGUCCGAUUACCCGCCUGCCGGCCCGCUACUUUGAUCCUGUCACCCAGCAGCCGUACUACAGUAUCCAGGCCUUCAAGAUAUUGCGCGAAGCCUACUACAUGCAGCUAGAGCAGCAGGGUACCGACAGUGGAAACAGCAGUGACCAGCCUGAGCUGGUCAAGUGGCUGGAAUGGCGCAAGCUCGUCAAGGAGAAUCGCGUCAAGGUGGCAGCAGCAACUGUCAGCAAAAAUGGAGAUAACUGACAACUGGUAACUCUUUCUAUUAGUGAUUACAAUUAAAUAUAUAGAAUAAACCAAUUUUACAAUA